GUCGUACUUGCUGCUUUGCGGCGUGAGGAGUGCAGCUAGGCUUCCUACCAUUUUUGAUCGUUAGAGUUUGGCAACUUGCUGCUUGUGAGUGAAAGAAUACGAAAAACGAUGCGUGUGGCAAUAUUAUCGAAAUACUUCCAGCUACCAAGAUCUCUCGUCCCUGAAUAAUUUUCUACCUUAAUGUUGUUCAAUUUCAAGGCUUUACUUUCUUCAUUAAAAAAACAGACGGUCUUCAAGUACGAAAAACACACUACAGCGCUGCGAAUUGAAAAGAGCGCUACAGACUACCUAUGUGAUUUAUUUGGUCAGUUUUACGUCAAGACUUAUGAACAAGAAGAUGACGCAUCUAAUUCAGACUAUAGAGCUACACGAUCCCAGCAGCACUGCAAACACUUAUUAUUUUGAUCGGUCAUCGACCGGAUACCGUGAUAGCCAGGCCCUUGACUACUUCACG